AACAGUGGUCAGCAAUGAGGGAGAUCGGAUGUGCCCUGCUUCUGGUCACCUUAGUGGUCGCUUCUAAACAAUUUUACCCUGAAGUCUCCAUCACCGGAGAGUCAGGACUGAGGCUGGGACUUGCAGAUGAAAAUGGUAUAUCCCAUGUAAUCUAUGCAGUCCGCACUGAGAAUGGAGAAAAGACAUUUAGAGUCGAAUCCAAAAAUGAUGAUGAUCUUUGGGAAUACGUGGAUCUUGAUGCAAACGCUCAAAUUGGGGACCUCGUAGAAUACAAAAUUUCUGUUUUAAAUCACAAUGAAUGGAUCGACUCCACUUGGAACAAAGUGAUUCUCGUACCAAGAGAUUUUAUGAUGCCCAAAAAGAGCAGGAGGUCCUACACCGUAUUCAGGGACGACUUCAACUCCUUCAACAAAGCCUCUUACACAACAGAAGUCAGUUCAUGGGGAGGCGGGAAUGGCGAGUUCCAGGUUUACACACCGGAGCAUAGCAACUUGCAUGCAGCCAAUGGAUACUUGUACUUGAAACCGACACUUACCGUCGACCAUCCAUCUUUUGAUAAUGGCAAACUUUACAACGGAAGAAUGGUCUGUAGAGAUUUGUGGGGAACCUGUACAAAUGGAGCAAACUGGGGCUGUGACAGAACAGCAUUUGGGCAGGAAAUUCUCCCGCCAAUUAUGUCAGGAAAAUUGACGUCACAUGCUGCAAUCAAAUAUGGGCGUGUCAAUGUUCGCGCUAGAAUUCCUAAAGGAGAUUGGAUUUGGCCAGCUAUCUGGAUGCUGCCCCGUGAUAAUCAUUACGGAGGGUGGCCAAGAUCUGGUGAAAUUGAUAUGAUGGAAUCUAAAGGAAAUUUGAGAGUAAUGGAGGGUGGAUCUAACCAUGGUGUAAGCUAUAUUGCCUCAACUUUACACUGGGGUCCAGACUAUCAACACAAUGCCUAUUAUCUCACACACAAGGGAAAACACUCUAACGGAGGAGACUGGCAUGGCUGGCAUACCUAUUCUCUGGAGUGGACAGAUCGUCACAUUAUCACAUAUGUUGAUAACCAGGAAAUCAUGCACAUUACCACUCCAUCCCAAGGAUUCUGGAACUGGGCACAUUUCUCCGGGCACAACAUCUGGGGAAACUCACAUAAUGCACCCUUUGAUCAACCUUUCCAUCUUCUCCUCAAUGUGGCCGUAGGAGGUGGUUAUUUUGGUGACAACGCCCAGUAUAACACACCCAAACCUUGGCAUGGAGGUUCCUCUCACCCAAUGAGGGACUUCUGGGAACACAGGGGUAACUGGUUACCCACUUGGCACGGUGACGACGUGGCUAUGUUGAUUGAUUAUGUAGAAAUGAUUCAGUAUUAG